AUGAAUCAAUCACGAGUCAUAUAAAGGAUUUAAUUAUUUAACCCGGAUGAAUCCGAUUCUCAUCUGUAGUCAACACUUCCGGGUUUGAGUUUACAUUGAGUUGAAUGAAAACAGCUAAAGAUCUGUAAGCAGACAGUCUAAUGAUGGCAUCGAAACUGCAAUAUGUGAAAGGAGAUCUGUUCUCCUGCCCCAGCACACACUCCUUGGCUCACUGCAUCAGCAAAGACUGCAGGAUGGGCAAAGGCAUUGCUGUCAUCUUUAAAGAAAAGUUUGGAGGAGUUAAUGAACUCCUGGCACAAAAGAAACAGCCAGGAGAGUGUGCGGUGCUGAAGAGAGAUGAACGCUAUGUGUACUACCUGAUUACAAAGGAAAGGUACAACAACAAACCUACAUAUGAUACACUCAGGCAAAGUUUGGAAGCAAUGAAAGCACACUGCUUAGAAAAUGGAGUCACCAUGCUAUCAAUACCACGGAUUGGCUGUGGUUUGGACAGGCUGAGUUGGGAUAAGGUGUCUACAAUCAUCGAAAAUGUCUUCCAGCCCACAGAUGUAACCAUAACUGUAUACUUACUGUAAGAUGCAACAGUCCAGGAAGAAGAUUUACAAGUUUAGUUUUAGGAUUGUGAUGAGUUGAGAUAAGGUGUCUACAAUCAUUUCAAAUGUAUUCCAGCACACAAAUAUAAAAAUAACAGUAUAUUCACUACAUGCUACAACAGUCCAGAAAGAUGAUUUACACCUUUAGUGCAUUCUGAAUAGUGAAUUAUAGCACCCAUACCACUGCUUGAUUGUACAUCAUUCUCAAAUCUAAGGUACAUUUUUGUGAUUUAUAAGUCUAUGUUGCAGUAUUUGUUAUUCAUCUCUCCAUUUCUUCUUUAUAUAUAUAUAUAUAAUAUAUUUGCUCUGAUUGUCAAAAGGGUUUUGGAGAAUUUGGCUUGGAUAUAUAUAUAUAUAUAUAUAUAUAUAUAUAUAUAUAUAUAUAUAUAUAUAUAUAUAUAUAUAUAUAUAUAUAUAUAUAUCCCAACUGACUAUUUCUGAUUUGCUUCAUACUUGGGGGGAAAUGAUGUCCUGACACAGCUCUAAUAAAUAAUCUGCAAAAUUU